UUGCUCCAAAUUUCAGGGCUCCACCCCCCACCCCAAGAAAAAAACACGCACACACACAGAGAGAGGUCCAGGGGAAGCAGUUGUAUGCCUCUGUGUGUGUGUGUCUGCUUUGCGUGCGCCUCGUUUCCUCCAGCGCUUCCUGGCGCACCGGGCUUUCGCCGUCCGCCGAUUCGCCGAGAGGCGCAUGACGGGAAGCCCGGGGUAGGGCAGUUGCGAGGAGCAGCAACAAGAUCAAGUGACUGGAGGCCUCUGUCCCUGCAACAUCGGAUCCAAUGGCAGCGUGUAUUGGGCCACAGCUAAACCUAACGGCAGAAAUUUGAGAUCCGUAAGCAGGCCCGAGACGUGGGCGAGAUCUUCCUGGGUGUGGGGAAACACACUCUCACAAGUUCAGCUUUGCAGCGUGAACUGAAGAAAUGAAUCUUGAAACUGCUGGGCCGACAUCCUCGUCCCUGUUUUCGUGGGAUUACGUUCUGUGGGAAGUCCGUCUGAAGCUAGUGGCGGCUGGCUUCUUCCUCUACUUGGGAGUGUUCCUCCUCUCACACUGCCUGUCUUCAUGGCUGGUAGCCACUUACCGCUCGUUGCCAGCGAAGGAGAAAGUCUUCUGGAACCUGGCUGCUACGCGAGGCGUGUUUGGCAUCCAGAGUUGUGUCGCCGGCUUGUGGGCCUUGCUUUUCGAUCCGGUUUUUCAAGCCGACAAGGUCUACUCCCAGCAGGAGUGGAGCUGGUUCAACUGCCUCAUAGCCUCUGGCUUCUUCCUGCUCGAAAAUGUAGCUGUUCACGUUUCCAACGUUGUCUUCAGGACAUUUGACUUGUUCUUAGUCGUUCACCAUUUCCUUGCCUUCGGUGGCUUUUUUGGUCUGGUCACCAACAUAAAGUCCGGGCACUACAUCCCCUUGAUGGGAAUGUUGCUGGAGAUGAGUACGCCUUUCACUUGCAUAUCGUGGAUGCUUUUAAAGGUCGGCUUGGCAAAGACUUCCUUUUGGAAGGCAAACCAGUGGCUGAUGAUCCACAUGUUCCAUUGCCGCAUGAUUCUUACCUACCACAUGUGGUGGGUGUGUAUUUCUAACUGGAACGCUGUUGUGGAGAACCUGGGCCUCCUGCAUUUUGCUGUCGUCUUCACAGGGAUGAGCGCCGUCACCGUAAUACUUAACCCCUACUGGACAUACAAAAAGACUCAGCAGCUCCUCUGCCCCGUGGACUGGAACUUUGCCAAUAGAGCAAUGGAAAACGGCUCAUCCCCAAAACCCAACGGGGACGUGUUGCAGAAGAAAGGGUUGUGACGGCGACAUUAUUAGGCCUCUUCGGGAACCGAUAUAAAAAAAAAAGGGCAGGUGGAGGUAGCUCGGGUAGGCAGGAUCGCGAAGCUUCAGUUUUUUUGAGUUAAGGGACCUGAAACGUAUUUAUUACUAGUCUGCAGUUUUCUUAUCAGUAUUCUUAAUCAAAUAACUGUGACGUUGCAAAUUUGGUUUAAAUAUCUGUGUUGCACACCUGCAUACUUCAAGAAAUGUAGAAGAGAGAACUGAAUACGAGAAAAAGCAGGAGAUGAGUUGGCUGUGAUCCAGUUUUGGGAACCAGCCUUCCAUUUCUUAGAGCUGCCGCAAACACAUUCACCAGAUCACUGUCCAGAAUACUAUUCUGGUUGUCUCCAGAAUGUCACCAGGGACAGGUGGUGUUUCCAGAUGGACCCCCAUCUUUCUAGACUCGCUCUCAGUUUUACAUAGACAUGCUGAGCUCUCUUCAUUAGUCGGUGCUCAUAGCCUUAAACCCCCGCUUGCAAAUAGUGUUGAACGUUAACCUAGUGUAUUUUUUUAAAAAAAUAAUAGAGGUGUAGAGCAGGUGGAGCAAUGUGAUUUGCACGCAGUCGACACCAGAAAAGUGCAAGAGGCAACACUAGUGCAAAGAGAACUGCUGGGCAACUCUAGAAUAGCCAGAUCAUCAAAACAGAGGUAGUUUGAUGAUUCAGAAUGCCAGGGUUGGUCUUACAGGUUUCGUUCCUUAUGGCACCGUACAUGCACAAACAUGCCCCUUUUGCCUCUUGCAGUCAGUGAGUUUAAUUGCCUCCGAGAUGCAGAAUCACCUUUUUGUAGCAUGAACCAGCCCCCCCCCAACCUGGAGACUUCCGGAUCUUUUGGGUUCCCAACUCACUAAUGAUGGUGAGAGUUUUAGUCUAAAAUAUCUGAGGGUAGGCUGCUGCAAACCUUUGGCACCUCUUUCAGAACAGUCCUGACCCCUAUUUUACACUGCACUUUGGGGGCGGUAUGUGUGUAGCCUGAGUGGAGGCCCCUCUGUGCUCAGGCCACAAGGCUGCUGGCACCCCUGCCUGUGGAAAGCCCCCCUAAUGGAACAGGGCUGAGCCAGUCCUUCUGAGCUGGUCUCGCUGCCAUUUGGACAACCGCGUCAGCCCUGCUGCUGUCCUUGCUGCUGUCCCAGCCUGGAGCUGAUGCAGGGAUUGGCCCGAUCUUUGUGCCUCUGCUUCUGUUGCUGCCAUGACCAGCUGGGCUCAGAGGGAUCAGUAGCUCCACUGCACCCCAGAGAGGUUUUAGAUUUCAUCUUUUAAAACGUGUGUCACAUUUAACAGACAGGGGCAGAGAGCAGAUUUUGGAUCUCUUGAGCAGUUUCCAAUAGCUCCCCAACUGGUUGCUAGGAAUUUAGCGAUGAAUAGUACAGUGCAGGCAUCCCCAAACUCGGCCCUCCAGAUGUUUUGGGACUACAGUUCCCAUCAUCCCUGACCACUGGUUCUGUUAGCUAGGGAUGAUGGGAGUUGUAGUCCCAAAAACAUCUGGAGGGCCGAGUUUGGGGGUGCCUGCUCUAGUGGGUGAACUUGCCCUACAGGGCUCACUUAAUUAGUACUGCCUUAACUGCUAAAAGACCCUGAGUGUUUGCCCUUUGCUUCGUAAAUUUAAACUAUAGUUAAAAGGCUAUAUAUAUAUUAAAAAUCCUAUUUAUAAGGUCAGACCUCUAUCCUUCUCAGCCCUAUCCCCUUCACGUGUCGGGUAUUAAGAUGCUUCUGAAAAGGUACCAACAGUUUUUGAAAGGUCCAAGAGGAAAGUCGUCCUUUUAACUUUUCCCAGUGUUAAUGUUGUAAAUCGCUUUGUUUUUUUAAAAGAAGUUGCAGGAAACUUGUUCAAAGAAUCCGUAUUCCAGCAGAAAGUUGUGGAACGCUGACACCUGGUGGCCAUUGCGAUGUAUAGUUCGCUUGUUUUGACAAGCAGAAUAUAUUCAAUCAGCAAAGGAUAUAAUUGCAUGGAGGCAGUUUACCUAAGCUUGCCUGUGAGUUACGUCUGACUGAACUCAGUGGGACUUACGUCUGAGUAGACAGGAUUGCACUGAAAGCAUGCUUGUUCGUUUGUUUUUAUUUAUUUUGAGUGCAUAAUUCUUCCUGCUGUGUAGCUUUGCAUUCCAACCUGUGGUGCAGAGGUGUAAGGGAAACGAGGUUUUUCCAUUCACUAAUGCAUACUGAUGGAACUGCUGGCGGAAAAUUAGCAUGAUGAAGGACAUGUUAAAUGCAGGGUUUUUUCCUCCCUCUCUUCUGAUCCCUCUUCCCUUGGUAAAUAGACAUUAAUGUACAGUUGUGAAGGUCCAGUACAGAGGAAUUACACCCAGGGUAAUGUGCAUUUGUCCUGGCAUGUACUUGGGUGGAGUAAUAGCAGUGAGGGAGCACAUUUUGGUAGCAUAAAUGCAACUAUAGAAAAUUAGCAUUGGAAACUCAAAGCAUGGUGAUUAAUAGCAAUAUUCCAUCCAUUGAUAGAUGGGAGUAUCUGUUCACAGAAGUCUUCCCAGGGUUAAAAGGGUCCUUUUGCGAUCAGAGGAGAAACUUUGGAUCCAACACACAAUAUAUUGUUCUUGUUUAAAGGUACCUGUUACCUUCUACUGUUGCAAUGUCACAGCAAGAUAUGAAACCCCAGGACAUAAGCCGAUGGAACUGAAUAAUUUUGUCGGUGGUUCUCGUUGAGCUCUGUGAGGCAAAGCGAACAUGUCAAAAUCGUUCUUUUUGUAGGCCGCCUUUCCGUAGUUAAAACCGUGCUCGAGGCGGCUUACAAAACUGGGAGAGGUUUACAUAACUGUAUGACGAAAACAGGCGUAAAUAAUAAAUGAAACACAUCCAAAAGUACACAACCAAAUGGAACAAUUUCCCCAUAAACCGUAGCACAGUGGAACCUUGGUUCUUGAACGCCUUGGUACUCGAACAUUUCGGCUCGUGAGCGCUGAAAACCAGAAGUAUUGUAACUCCUUAGAAAUAUUCUGAUACGAACAGAUGAGGAUCGGUGUGCCCUUUGUGUAACCUUGUUUUUAUUUGUAUGUGAAAGCUUAUACAAAAGGGCUGUUCCAGUGGAGAGGGAGGCUGGUCUAAGUCAAGGUGACGCACUUCUGAAACCUUGUGGCAAUGAAGAUUCCUCCCUCCCCCUUCAUUCAGUGGUCUAGUGCUGAGGUUUUCAACCUUUUUGAGUCCACAGCUCCCUUGAUCAACUACAUUUUUUCUGCAGCACCCCUGUAGGGGCCCGGGGGCCCAGUUGUGUCACCCCUUGCAGGGCUGGCAGCCUCUCAACCCUCUUUGAACACCCUCCCUUGUGGGGUGUUUCCUUGGCCUCCUCUCCUCUUACCUCUCCUUGGGAGUCCUCCGGGCAGCCACAGCUACCGCCCCUGGUCUCUGAGCUGCCCCCCACCUCCUCACAACGGUCCCACAGGGGUCUGGGAUUUGUUUGCCCAUUCCCAACAGCAAGGGCUGGCAGACCGGCUGGUUGGGCUCCCUCACCCACUUGCUUGCUUACUCUGAGGCCUCCUCAACUCCUGGCGACCAGCACCCCUUGGUCAGCACCAGGGACGCCAUUCGCCUGGGGGACUUGUAGCCAGGGCUGCUGCAACAAACAGCUGCUCGUGCCUUUGGAAGGCAGAGACUCCAGAGGGCCUCAGAGGAAGGGAGGGAAGGACAGAGGCCAGUGUUGCCCGCAGCACCCCUGAUCAUCAUUCAAGGCACCCCAGGGUGCCAUGGCACACUGAAAACCACUGGUCUGGUGAACUAAGAAGUAUAUUUUGUCACAGAACCUUGGCCUAAUUGUUUUUCUUAGAACUCCCAAGGUGGUUUUCAGCUGCAGCAUUACACACACACACACACACACACACACAGAGUCCAGAAGAUGUGCAAUGUUACAUUUUGGAAUAUAAUCCCCUUGCAGCUUUUGAAAAUGAGUUAACAAGUUCGCUUUACUAGUCUGCUUCUGAUCAGAAGUUCGGUUUCUUGUUUCCCCCAGAGAUCAUCUUCUCUGCGUCUAAAAAGGGGAAGUAGGUGAAAUAAACCUGAAAGGGCUUAUCUUCAGUAUGAGCUUACCUCAGACAAGAGCUGAUCUGAAUUCAACUUGGCCCACAGCCUGUUUACACAGAGCUGGGCAGGUGGUGGGAAAUUUGGGGAAUGGACGCUUCCGUGGUUCAAGCUGUGCAGAAUCAAAAGUCGGCAAAAGUUUUCGUCAUGCAAAAUAUGUAGCAGCAGAAAUCUUGAGUUUAACCCUGUACCUCUUCCACUGUUGGCUGAGGUGGCUGCAUUCACACGUCCUCAUUCCCUCGAUCCGUUCUGCCUGCUGCCGAAAUGUCACUCUCAGCCCCAGCUGAGCCCAUUUUCUCCCUAGUUCAAUAGCAUUUUCCCUUGGUGCAGUUCUGCAAACCUGCAAUAGCCGUCUCUUUGCAGAACUCUGCAUUUUUUUCUCAAAGGUCUUAAAUUACUGAAAAGUGAGUGUGGGGAGAAAAAAAAACAGACUGAGGACAGAGAUCCUUCUGGAAGCUAGCUGCCUAUUGUGCAUAUACAGGUUCUGAUUCUCGUUUUAGCAGAACCAGGUUCCGCGUGGCUUCGUGCUUUAAGGGGAUCAAAUCCUUUCUUUUCCUCCAUGCGUGUUCUUUUCCGUAAAUGUUCCCUGGCAGUUCCAAAUAGUUUUUCUCCCUGCAGGAGGGGCUGCAAAACAGGAAGGCCAUUUGGCAUAGAGGACAAAAUUGCCGUAAGAAGGCAUUUGGCAGGAGGAAAUAGGGCAGUUCAGGGGAGGCUAAGUGCCACCCGUCUGUUCAGUUCUGCCUUGGAUUUCUGUUAUGUUGCCAGGUUUGUUUCCCAGUAUAAUGUCAGUGCUGCAGAGAUGGGACCAAGACAUGUAAGCCAACACCAUGCCUACUUGCACUUUUAUAGUUUAACAUGAGUCUUGAACUUGGGAGGAGGCGGUAGGACUGAAUAGAGGCAACUGUUCUGUCUUAUGUCCUCGAACUGUAAUAAAGAGGGGGCUUAGUCUCUGUCUCCCCCCAUCAGUUACUAUCUGCCACAUGCAACUGGUGUGUGAUCCCUAUUUUUUAAAAAAAUGUUUCUAAUUGUAUAAUAAAGAGUGUUUUAUAUA